AGGGAGAGAGACUGGGCCUCAGGACCCCUUUGAGGGAGGGAGAGAGAGAGAGACUGGGCCUCAAGACCCCAUUGAGGGAGGGAGAGAGAGAGAGAGAGACUGAGCCUCAGGACCCUGUUGAGGGAGAGAGACUGGGCCUCAGGAUUCCAUUGAGAGAGAGACUCAGCCUCAGGACCACAUUGAGACCGGGCCUAAGCAAGACUCAAAGCUGAUUGGUUUGUGAAGUUGGAGAAGCCUUGGUUUUAAACGGGAUCUUUCUUUUCUUUCUUUCCCCUUGGUACUCAGUGCGGUGGGUAGCUCUCAGAGACAAGCUGAUGGAGCGAGCUGAGAGCCGGGAACAGGCCAGACAAGGAGCAGGCAGACAACGGCACCGAGGCCGUGCCAGGCAGGAUCCUGAUAUCCGGUUGUCCAAAACCCUCUCCUACAUCCUCCGACAUGGAGCAGCUGAGUUGGGAUUGGUGAUGGGAAAAGACGGUUUCCUGGAUGUGGAGGAGGUUCUGCGAUGCCCCCAGUGUCGACGUUACACGGAGAAGGACAUUCAGCGAGUGGUGGAGACCAACAACAAACAGCGGUUCACGCUUCGCCGCCACCCGGAUACGGGAAUGCUGCAGAUCCGGGCCAACCAGGGGCACAGCCUGCAGGUCGAGGAGCUGGAGCUGAUUCCGAUCACGGAGGCUGUGGGGAAUAUUCCGGAACAGGCUGUCCAUGGCACGUACCGGCAACACUGGGACUCCAUUAAGGUGGAGGGGCUGCGCUGCAUGUCCCGUAGACACAUCCACCUGGCCCCUGGACUUCCUGGGCAAGGGGGAGUGGUCAGCG